AAGAAAGUGAAACAAAACUAAAACAAAUCCAUAGAUCAGCUCAUUAGGUGGAAAGAGACGAGAAAUCUCUGAAUAUAGCCGAGCUUAAUUUCUUGGCGGGCACGAGUGAACUAAUUACUGUGUCAGACAUAACAUUAGAGCGGAGCUGACCUAUAUCGGGUGUAUCGGUGCAAGCGAGACAGCGAAGUAGGUGGCAAUCUUCCAAGAUGAAUUUGAUGUUUCGGAAGAACUUCAGUACGGAGAAGACUAUCGGCAGCAGCGGGGGAGGGGGCAAGGCGCGCGGGGCACUCGGUGCAGGAAGGAAUGCCAAACGGCGCGAACGCGACCGCUACUCCUUCAUGGAGGAUAAUCACUACAAGACGCUCAAAACACACCUGUUCCUAUCAGCGGCGCCCCGCUCGAGCACUCAAUACAACGAUGGCACAGCUGAUCGCACAUUUUUCCGCAACUCGCAUCGCACGCGCCGUACGCGCUACAUUUCUUCAGACUCAAGGAAAUGCGACGUGUGCAGCGCGUACUGUGCUGAUAUAUGUGCGAUCACCUUAAUACCACCUUUGAUACCAUAUCAUAACUUUCUUAACUGGGUUCGCAGUAUAACAGAACGAUGUGGGCCGGUGCUGGGCGGGGGCACGGGGCCGGAGCCGGAGCCGCCGCAGCCGCUGGUGACGCGCGAGCCGUCCGUCUCCCUCAUGCGCUGGGACCGCCCUACAUCACAUACCGCCGCCGACCGCCGCCGCACCGAACCCGUGUCUCUCGCCACCUUGGAGAGGGACUGCUUUGUCAUACCGGCCCAUGCGCUCGACCGCUUCUUGCCCGAUGGUGUUCCGCUGCCAGUGCCACCGCCAACACCCGAAAAGGGAGGAAUGACAAAGAUGGUGCAGAGCUCGUUAAGCAUACUUGAAGUAGCUGAUCCUAAACUGUGUAUUUUAGCCCAUCUCAUGAGUCCACUAGAACCAAUAGAGCCUAUACUAGAAUCUCCUCUGGCCAAACCUCUAAUUAAACAAAAGAUGGCGGCUGGCGAGCUAUUGAAUGAUGUGGCGCAAGCAAACACAGCGGUCGGAGGAAUGUUGCUGGCCAACAUGGAGAAGAACGCGGAAUUUCCGUUCAUAUCGUAUUAUGUGAUAAAUACAACACAGACAGAUCCUUUACUAUUCUAUAAUAACAUGCGAAGUGCUUCCCUCACCAAGUUUGACCCGAAGGCAAUGAGAUACUCCGCCGCGCACACUCUCGACCUGUACAGCGAGGUGGCGAUGAUUUGCAGACCACCCUUCAGUGAUCUGGCUGGAGGACCGAAGAAAUCUCAUACACCCACUACUGGUUUCAUAAUAAGUGUUUAUAAGGUAUUCGAAGGUGAUGAUGGGGAACGCUUCGAAAGGAACUGGCUGUACUGGACUGGUGCUCGCAUGCUAUAUAGGCAUCUACCACAUUCAGUGGGCAUGAGGAAGAUCGCUUUACACAAGUCUGUAGCCUCACACGGCGAUAAGAUGUACCUGUUGGUCUGCGAGUGUGCCAACUUGUUGGACGACUUGUCGGGUGCUGCCAUGUUGGUAACAGCUUUAAGGGCGCGCCUCUGCGGGUACACCGGCCUCUACCGCCCCAUACAGACUUUCUAGUAGAGGGACCAGGCCCGAGCAGGCCUUUGUGUUGUUUUGUAGUUCCACAAGGAUCUAAUGUCGGACCAUUACUGUUUAUGCUUUUUUUAACGCUCACAGUUUGAUGAUUAAAAUGAGAACGUUUGUAAUGCGUAUGCUUUAGAUAUAGUUGAAAAUUUAAGGAUCUCUCCUUGCUGCAUUGGUUAAGAAAUUAUUGCACAAAAUUGAAUCGUGAUCGUGGAUCCUUUGCGUGAGAUGAAAUUGAAAUCUGGUUAUUAUGUUCAUUGAACGUAUAAUGGACCAAACUAAUAAUACUUAUAUAAUGGUAAAAGCGUAAAAUGUUUGAUUGGACGGGAGAGUGUUUCUAGCAAGCGUGUUCUUCGAGUUUAUUCUAUAAUCACGUGUUCAUUAACAGUAAUUUUCAUUAUGUGCGGUAGAAUUGCUUGUUCUAGAUUUAAAGCUUUAAUAAAUGGAUGAAUCAGAGUUCUCGAAACAAAACGUCGAUGAAAUGUUUAUUGUAACACUAGUUACCUACAUUGUCA